AUGCCGGCUGACCGACACACCCAACAACUCCCUGCUUCCGCAGCUAAGUUUCUCAAUGGUUUUCUCUCCAUCUCUCCAGAUGUCAAGAGCACCUGGUCAGAAGUUAACCGUGAUCGCUACGAAGAUCUAUGCAAGGUCCUUACCGGGAAUACCGAAAAGGAAAUCAAAUGGAGCUUCACGGAGUGGAACUGUAUUGUGAAAGAAAUUAAAGAGUUAAAAAAAAUCCCUAAGGAUUACUCUGGUCUUGUUCCCGAAAACGAAGGUCUGCCACGUAAGGACUGGACGGAGCAGGAAAACAUGGCGUUCUCUGCCAUUGCUCGCCGGAUUCCACAACCUCAGAUUACGCUAGGGGAUAUCAUUGAGUUGGAGAAGAAUGAAGUGAUAGAGAAAUCAAACCAAGGCUUUGUUGGAACCCAUUUCAGCACUUGCAGAUAUGGUAUCUACAUUAUUAGAGGCUCUGGAGACUUCUCGUGCAUUCCUAUUGAUUACGCUUCCUAUUGUUGAUCACGUCCCGAUUAGAAAGGAAUGCCAAGACUGGAGGAGUCGUAUGGCGAAGAUUAUAUUCCUCCAAAGGGAUUUUUCUCUUUCAAAGACUGAUGCAGGUUGA